CCCAUGUAUUAUGCCCCUCCGCCGCUGCCUCCAGUUUGCUGCAUGGAAACAGAGACCCCAACUGCAGAGGACAUCCAGCUGCUGAAGAAGACAGUGGAGACAGAGGCUGUGCAGAUGCUGAAAGACAUAAAGAAGGAGAAGGUUUUGCUGCGCCGGAAAUCGGAGCUUCCUCAGGACGUCUACACUAUAAAAGCCCUGGAGGCCCACAAGAGAGCAGAAGAGUUCCUCACCUCGAGCCAGGAGGCUCUCUGACGGGCUAGGAGCUGCUGUGCGAAGCUCUACCCCAUCCCUUCCCCCGCAGGGGUCACAGAAAUGCACUUGGUUCUCAUGUAUAACUAAGGAAUGAACAUGGUGAGCUGUGCCUGUCCUUCACUCCAUCCGCAUCUCCCCUACCAGAGCAGAUCUGGUUUUACGUUGUCCCAUUUAUCUUACCACUGCCAUGUCCUUCUGCUUCUCCUCUUCCCUCUUGCUCCUCCACCUUCCGCAUGUGCGUGAAGGGAGCCU